CGCGUAGGCUUCCAUAGUACCUUGCAUGACUGUCCGGCGCAAACAUCCAAUGUAGCUGGGUACUCCAACUGUUAUUUUCAAGUUCGUCUUCAUUACAACGCCAACAUAAAUAAGUGAUAUCUUCCAACCUAGAUUACCCAUUAAUCAAAGUCGUUCUGUCAAGUGUAUAUGAUAAUGGCAUUAGGCCAGCAGAGGGGCUCUUAAACGUUGUGAGCCUAUCGAGGUACAUAGAUACACAAACGUGAGAAUGGGUUCCACACACUUACAUUCGGUUGAUGUGCAACAUCCAAAUGGCCUAAGCAAGCGAGAGCGUCAUUUAGUUCGCGGAGAAGGAAAAAAAAAAGAAAACGAAAUUCAUAUGCUCAUUCUAAUAACCGUGCGAACUAGCUGCGCUUAUCGGGUCUUCUACUUCUGACCUACUAUCCAUCUCUUUUUCUUCAAUGGCUAGCAUACGGCUCCGCAGAGACGAAGACCUACCAGCAUGUGUCGAGACGAUGAAAGCCGUCUAUCACGACAGCGGAUAUCCCGUCGACGGCGUCGCGCACGCGCUAGAAGCGCUGCAGGGAGAUGACCAAGCCUGGGUAGCUGUAGACGACGGCGUCAUCAUCGGCCACGUCGCCAUGAACAGAGCGGUCGAAACCUACGUUAAUGUCGCGCGGUGGCUGGAGACACAUCCCCACGCCGAGGUCGCUGUGCUCGGAAGGCUCUUUGUUCAUCCCGAGAAACGUGGGCGCGGCGCCGCGACUCAGCUCAUACGCAUCGUGGAGGAAGAGGCGCGCAAAAAGGGCCUGCGGCUCCUCAUUCUCGCUCUUGUUAAGGAUCAGGCUGCUAUCAGGCUGUAUCGUCACUUGGGAUGGGAGCACUAUGCUACUACGGUAUUCCGAUGGGGUGAGGGGAACCAGAUGGAUGCCGAAUGCUUUGCGAGCCCGCUUUCGUGAGUGGUUUUGCGGUUGGGUACGUGAUAGCGAGCGAGGGCUUUCAAAGGAUUAGGCUAGGCUGUAAUAGCGUCUCAUUAAAUUACCAACGAAGCGGCGUCAAUUCGUAUUUAGCUACGUAACCUGAGUCUUCUAGAAAUACGUGUUACCACGAUGUCCUCGCAAUCAUAUGACAUUGCAACGACGUAAAGUAGGAAGAACUUGCAAUAUGGUAUCCCGAAUAAUACAAUAAAGCCCACUCCC